CUCAUUGGAUAGCUGAAAUUAUCGCAGAGUCUGCAUUGACAGCAUGUCGUCUUACCUUAUCACGGGCACCUCUCGUGGCCUCGGGCUGACCUUGACAACGUGUCUUCUGGAACAGCCCAAGGAUCAAGUUCGCUUCGUCGCUGCAGCCGCACGGACCAAGACUUCUGCUCUUGAAGCCCUCAUCCAUCAAUAUCCUGGCCGCAUUGCUUUCAUUCCACUGGAAGUAACUAGGGAACAGAGUGUGCAUGCCGCGGUCGGGAAAGUUCAAGAAGCCUUGGGAGCUAGUGCCGGUUUGGAUGUCUUAAUCAACAAUGCCGGGAUCAUGCCUUUUGUACCUGAAGGCAUUAUUCAAGCGACCAAUCUCAUGUCAACCUUUGAGGUCAAUGUCAACUCCGUACAACUGUGCUCGGCUGCAUUUCUGCCUUUGCUGCGCAAAGGUUCGAAGCAACUCGUGUUGAACAUUGGCAGCAUCUUGGGAUCCAUCACUCUGGCACCAUCCAUGGCGCCAUAUCCAACCUCCACUUACAAGGUUUCGAAAGCGGCGGUGAAUAUGUUGACGGUUCAAUGGGCCCUUGACCUAGCCAAGGAGGACUUCACCAUCAUCUCAGCGCAUCCCGGUUGGUUGAGGACAGACUUGGGCACCGACCAAGCCGAUCUGGCGGUCGAGACAGGCGCAAAGGGCGUGUUGGAGAUUCUCGACAAGGUCACCAGAGCCGACACUGGCAAGUUCUUUGACAUUCACGUGCCUGGCUGGGACAGCGAAGGGAAGCUCAACAAGUACGAAGGUGGAGAAUUGCCGUGGUGAGGGAGGCGAUGGUCGAACCGUCAAGCAAUUCGUCGAAGACUAGGACUCAUCUUGCUGGAAAGAAGUUCUGUAGCGCUCAUCCUGGAUGUAAAACUCCUAGAGCUACGAGUUAUCCGUUGGAGGGGUGGCCCUGCAAGAUCUC